CCUCAUGUUCGCUCAUAUAAGUCGAUGCCAGUCCAAUGUCUCGCGCUUGACCUCAAAGAUCUAUCCGUUUCCACACCUUUGCUCGAUCACACUCCUCGUUGUCUUUGAUACUAUGGCAUCACAACUUCUACCUCUAGAAUUGAUCGACAAAUGCGUUGGCUCGAGACUAUGGAUCGUGAUGAAGGGCGACAAAGAAUUCGCCGGUACACUACUCGGUUUCGAUGACUAUGUCAAUAUGGUGCUGGAAGACGUGACUGAAUUUGACUACACCGGAGCGCAGACCAAGCUGCCGAAAAUCCUUUUAAAUGGCAACAAUAUCUGUAUGCUGAUACCCGGUGGAGAAGGACCUGUCGCAGCAGCAGCAGCAGCAUCAUGACCUGGGGCUCUAGCCUCAAAUUCCGGGUAGAAUCGAGUGAUUGCAUGGCAGCAGAUGCCCUGCUACCUCCUCGGACGGGAGUCCUAUAUCAGCCGGUCCGAAGAUUCCGGCACUUUGUUGAAGCACAAAGCAUCGGUAGAAUGAUCUUACAGCACUCGGGUACUCGGACGCCCGCUUUCAGCAUGCCAGCGGGCCAAAGGAGGGGAUCUGGACUUUGCGCAGAGAUUCAGUAUACAAUUCAGAGGGAUGAUGAUUAUCCGCACUUGCGGUGUCACAAAGCUACUCCAGUUCAGCUGGAAUACCUUGCUGCUGACUUCUUGAGCACCUGGACAGUUUCUUGCUGGACGCUUCUCACAAUUUCAC